CACCAUCUUAAUGCCCUAGGAGCGGGCAGAACCGGGGCGGAACAGGCGGAGGUGUGGACCGGAGCGGGGUCUCUCGGCGCAGGUGAUGGAAUAGGUGAUGUCUGAAGUACAGGGCACUGUGGAGUUUUCUGUGGAGCUGCACAAAUUUCACAAUGUGGAUCUCUUUCAGAGAGGGUUCUAUCAGGUGAGGGCGGGGCUAAGAGUGUCACCACAUGUUCCACACAGGUUCAUCACCACAACACCUGGACACACAGGCGAGUGUAGUUUCACAAAGGCCGGAGUGCACGAUGGAGUUGUGUUCGGACGGAUAUUUCAGAUCCUGUACAGGAACGAGGAGGUUUCGCUGGAGGACCGGGCCAUCUUUCGGGUCCACCUGCUCCUGGACGGAGAGAGGGUGGAGGAGGCACUGAAUGAAGUGGACUUCCAGCUGAGACUUGACCUGCACUUCACAGAUGUAGAGCAACAGCUGACUGACAUCUCCUCAGUGCCUGUGAUCAGCAGUAGGACUCUGGGUCUUCAUUUCCAACCACGCAGUGGCGGCCUGCACCACCACCUCCCGGUCAUGUUCGACUACUUCCACCUGUCCGUCAUCUCCAUCACCGUCCACGCCUCCUUAGUGGCUCUACACCAACCGCUUAUCAGCUUUGCACGCAGCAGUAAGGGGGCGUGGCUGGGGAAGGGCUCUCCGGAGAGUGAGGUGCCGCCUGCUGUGAUGUCAGUGGAGAACCUGAUGUUUGGGGCAGGAUACUGUAGACCCAUACUCACUGAGGGCAGUUUUUACGUGGCAUCAGAGAACUGCCUACAGCGAGCUCAUACGUGGCACCGGACUCUCUGUCGCCUCCUGCUGGCUGCUUAUAAGGGCCUGAGCUUCUACUAUACACUGCUGAUGAAGGACAAUCCGGAAAUGCAGCGUGGUCAGAUAGAGGAGCUGCUGGUUGAGGAAACACUGAACAAACUCACCAAUGAGUUACAGUUACAGAGUGGUCAUGAGAAGGUCGCUGAGCAGAUCUCUCGUGAUCUCUCUCAGCUGUGUGCCAGGCUCGCGUCUCUUUGGGCGCAGUUUCUAGAGGCAGCAGUUCCUAAUCCCCAGGUCCGCAGCUACCUCGCCCAGGAGCACCAUAAGCUCAGGGUUAGGAGAUUCUCUGAGGGCUACUUCUUCACUGAACAUCCCAAAGAGUCUUCACUCACCUUUCAGGAGGAGCUUAUAAGUAGGCAUGCUCAAUUGGCUGUGGACUUGAGGAGCUCGGAGUAUCUCAGUCAUAUGCCCCCUCUUCCAAUCGAGUGCCUUGACAUUGAUGGUGACUGGAACAGCUUGCCAAUCAUCUUUGAGGACAGAUACGUGGACGCACCCUGUUUAGAUUAUAAACCACAUGUGCCAAACCAAAUAGGAUCAGACACUCAGAAAUCUACAAAUUCUGAUGAUACAGAAGAGCAUGCCAUGCCCUCAACGGAGAUGAGACCUCAAUCACCAGCAAUAAGCACUAAGGAGUCUGCACCUGAAGAUUUCCUGGACCUACCCACGUACAUGGCUCUAAUUGGAAGGGAGGAGGACUUUGACAGAGACGGGAGUAUGGUUGAAUUGGAAAGUCCAGUUGGGUCUUUGGAUGGGAGGACAUCUCCAGACAGAACCGAAACUAAGUUUAGAUCCAAAGUUGAACCAAAUGCUGACAGUCAUCAAGAAAGUGAGAUAGAGGGAUCAGACAGGAAUAGUGCCAUAGAAGAAGAGCUGACUCAAGAGUAUACUGACAGAACUGGGUUAAAAUACAUAGAGGUCAGACCCAGUGAUUCUGACCCUUACAAGGGUGAUGAAGUGCUGCUCAUACAGUCAAAUGACAUGAAAUCUUGUGACCUCAAUGAUGUUACAACAUUUUCUUCUACAAAUCACCUACAUAGCAAUUUAGAGAUCCAACGUAUCUCUGAGAAACAAGGCAGCAAGAAAGAAGAGACUUGUGCAGAAUUCCCAGCUGUGACCCAAGCAAAUAACACCGGUAGCUUUGAUCCACUGUUAAUGAAUUCUUCUGUAACAGACCAACCAAUGACACCUCCUCACAGCACCAGCAUUCCGCCCCUGGACCAUCCCUUGUCUGAGAUGCCUCCAAGAGUUGGGAUUCUGGGAAAGUUGAAGAUAAUGAAGCGUUCUUCCUCUGUCAUCUCUGACUCUGGUAUCGAAAGUGAACCCAGCUCUGUGGCCUGGCCGUUGGACAUCCGAGUCGGGGUGGCUGGAAGUCGUGACCCCUUGCACCUUUGUCGUCGCCGGGUACAUCGGAAUUCCCUGGAAGGCCUUCAGACUGAGAGCCAUGGCAGUCUGCCCAGUGCCACACAAGCCUCGCUAAGUUCCAUUAGUUCCCUGCCUUAUGAAGAUGAAGAUGAGGAGCGGCAACGGCAACUCAACACACUCACCAAAUCUGCUUCUGCUCCACAGAUCAGCAGCCCUGACAGCAAUAAUGAAAAUGUUAUCCAAGAUCUGGCCAAUCAAGUGAAUGUUGUCCUGGAGGUUUCCAGCCAGAUGAGAAAGCAAAUAGAAUGUGGCAAUGUAGUCGACAGACAGGAAGAAUCUAAUCAGGAUAUCUUUGAUGAGAUAAUCUACAAAGAGGGGGGGACUAAGGAUAUCAGUACUGAUACCAAGUUGAUAAGUAACAUCUCAGAAGUAUUACUUUUUCAGAAAUUAGUAAAAGAAACACCUGAUGAAACAAUUGAUCAUGAGGAUAGAAAAGAUGUUAGUGGAAUAUUACAUGAUGGAGAUUCAAGUCUGCUUAAUAAAAGUACCGGACUUUGUAACACUGAAUGUUGUGAACACAAGAUGAUGAACAUGGGUACUGAUGAUCCUGACAGUCACACUGUUGAUGCUAUUAGUUUCCAUGAUAUUCAUCUUGGUGAGCUUGAUAAAGGUGAACUUGGGAAUGCCAUAGACACACCAAAACAUGAAAUCCAGAUCAGCCAAGCUAGCAGUAAACCCAGUGACCUUCAAGAGCAUCCAACUGAUGGAAAAGAGCAAAGUGGGAAGGAGGGAAAUGCGAAGACCAAUCAGGUGCCAAGUUCAGGCUUGGCAUUUAUGAAUAAGAAAGUGGUGGAGGUGGUGAAUUUGUCUGUUUCAUGUGCACCAACUUGCCUUCCCUUUUCUUCUGUACUUCAUGACUCACCAUCUGUCAGUGGCCUGAGCAUCCGACAAGCCAACUCACCCAUUACCCAUCAGCCUUUGGGAUCUUUCGGAAUCAUCUCAUCCUCUUCCUCCUUCCUCUGUACUGAACAGGACAUCAGUGAGAGAAUGCUUAAUUUUUUUAAAGCUAAAGAGGCUUUUCUGGGGAAGUUAGCCUUGCGAGCGACCCUUUACAGCGAGCUCCCUCUCCUCGCAUCUGAUCACCCAUACUUCUCUCCUGAAGAAGAAGAAGAGGAGUUUGAGGAUGGAAUCCACCUAGUAGUGUGUGUGCACGGUUUGGAUGGGAACAGUGCAGACCUGCGUUUGGUGAAGACCUUCAUAGAACUCGGCCUGCCGGGCUCAAGGCUCGACUUCCUCAUGUCUGAACGUAACCAGAUUGACACGUUUGCAGAUUUUGACACUAUGACAGAUCGGCUGCUAGAUGAGAUCAUUCAGCACAUUCAGCUCUACAACCUCACCGUGGGAAGAAUCAGUUUUAUAGGUCACUCUCUGGGUAACGUCAUCAUCCGCUCAGUGUUAACGAGGCCUCGAUUCCGCUGCUACCUCAGCAAACUGCACACCUUCCUGUCGCUGUCCGGACCUCACCUCGGUACACUGUUCAACAGCAGCACGCUGGUUAGCACAGGUUUGUGGCUGAUGCAGAAGCUGAAGAAGUCUGGAUCGCUGCUUCAGCUCACCUUCAGAGACCACCAGGACCCCCGGCAGACCUUCCUGUACACACUGAGCCAGAAACCUGGCCUGCAGUUCUUUAAGAAUGUGGUGUUGGUAGCAUCACCUCAGGAUCGGUACGUCCCCUUCCACUCAGCCCGCAUAGAGCUGUGCAAAAGCGCUCUGAAGGACAGGACCACAGGUCCGGUGUACACCGAGAUGAUAAACAACCUCCUGAGGCCGCUGAUGAACGCUCCGCAGUGUCGCGUGAUCCGUCACAACGUGUUCCACGCCUUACCCAACACCGCUAACACUCUAAUCGGCCGAGCCGCUCACAUCGCAGUGCUCGACUCCGAGCUCUUUCUCGAGAAGUUCCUGCUUGUCGCUGGCCUUGAGUACUUCAAAUAGCAGAUUAGCAUGCAGGUUUCAGGGCUACGCUGCAUCACAAGGCGAUCUGAUCUGAUUGCAUCUUGGAGGCUCUCCACUUUACAGAUCAAUUGUUCUUUCGAUAAAUCUUACACUAUUUGUGAGUUGGCCAAUCGUAUCUGUGUCCAAUCAAGAUCAUUCAGUUCAUCGGCAAUUUAAUAAAGAGUUGCCCCAACACAGGAACUGACCAAUCAGAUUCGGCUGGGAACCAAGGAUCGAGCGAAUUGCCUAAGUGAUAACCGACAAGAGGAAAAGGGCAUAGAACCAGUCACCAUAUCUACUGACCAAUCAGAUUGACCCCAAGUUCAGGUUGAACCUCAAAAGGCAUCGACCAUCAGAUGGUCAGGCAACCGAUCCAGAAACAAAACGUAAUAUGCAUGUUUUGAUUGGCUGACAAGGCCAGGUUUUAUCUACACCAUAUAUUAGCUUUACCAUAACAGGUAGCAUCCGACCGAUCAGAUUCGUUCAAUCUGAUAUCCAGGUUUCAUCAGGGCUUUUUCAUUUGUUUUAAACGGCCAAUUAGAUUGUAGCUUAGACCCCACACCUUUAAAAGAAAAAAGACCUCAGACGGGUCAGAUGAUCAACCAGACUGUAUCAUAAAGGUUGCUGAAGGAUAAGAAGGGUGGUGAGAUUCACGUUAUACAUAUAAACAUUGUAUGCAUAUAUGUAAAUAAAACUGUACAAUAAUUAUAUAGUGAGAAGUAUAUAGAGAUAUAAAGAUAAUAUACUGGUGUCCCAAGCGAGCUUUCAAAGGGAUGUCGUGAUAAAAUAACCUUUUAAACAGUUCCAUUUGAAUGUACGUGCUACUGACCGACAUGUCGACCUCAUCUAAAUGUCUUUAACAUAUAAUAACAGAGGUAUUUUCUUAUUACUGUUCAUAAAAAAAAAGUAAAAGCCAUUAGUCUAUUACUGCUUACUGAACGAAGACGUGUGUGUAUUUUUUGUACGCGGGACAUGUUUCUGGAUCACGUUUUUAUUUUAAACAAUCAUCGGCAUCCAUCAGAUGUCAUCAGUGUGCGCCGGAGAAUCCAAUUCAAACUCCUUAAGGUUAUGAAGGACAGUCUAAUUAGCUGGAGCAACGUUAU